CGAUCGUGUAUUGUCAUGACGGCAAUUUGCGAAUCAUGACGUGCAAACAUGCAUUGUUUUUCUGUCGACGCCGCUGGCAUACUGGAGACUAGCCCAGUCCCAGUGUCCCGGCGGCACCCCACGCGCCACUGCCAUCUCCGGGAAGGAACCCCUGGGAAAGGAAUCGGCGCUGCGGCAGCCGGCGGCGGCGGAGCGAGGGAGCCAAUCCCACGUCGAGGGGAGGGUGCGAGAUGUGGUGGGAAUGGGAGGACGGCGGGGAGGAGACGGCGCGGGCGCGGGAGGAGACACCCGUCGACUUCGACUUCAUUUCCCUCCUCGCCAAGCCCAAGGAUUACUACAAGAUAUUGGAAGUUGAUUACCAUGCGUCGGAGGAGACAAUCAGGUCCAGCUAUAUCCGGCUUGCGCUGAAAUGGCACCCUGAUAAGAAGCAGGGUGAAGAAAAUGCAACCUCCAGAUUUCAGGAGAUUAACGAGGCAUAUCAAGUUCUGAGUAAUCCUGCAAAAAGGCAAGAGUACGACAAGAAAGGCAUUCUAUAUGUUCAAGAUCAGAAUGUAGUGGACUACCUGAACCGGAACAAGGGUUUAAUACUCACCUGCAAUGGCCUUGGCAUAAGGUACUCGGUAUGGUGAGCAUGUUCAGAGACGCCACAGUCUGCAUCCGCCUGCAAUCUUGGAUGGGUGUCUAAUUGUAAGAUACUGUCUAGUAAAAAAGAAUAUGGUACGGCAGUACCAUUUUUGGGGAGCUAGAGAUGGACAGCUUGAGUUCAUCUUACAACAAAGUUGAUUUUAUUUGUUGAUCAGCUGUUGUUGGUUGCAACUUGCAAGGGCAGAUAUGUUCAUGUAAUCCUGUUGCUCCUUGUAUGUAAGACACUGUCAUUUUAUGAUACCCACGUUUGCGGUGUUCAUACUUCCGUUA